UCCCCGACUACCCCUCCUUGCCGGACCAUGCGCGCCCCGAGCCGCCCCGGAGGCUGAGCCCGUAGCCCUGCUCCGCCGUCGCCCUCCCGGCCGCCCCCCCAUGGCCUUGCCGGGCGCCGAGGGCGCGGCUGACAGGCCGGUGUCCCCGGCCCGGGAGGGCCCCGCCGGCUCCGCGUCGUCGUCGUCCGCCUCCUCCGGCGGCUCGGCCUCCGCCUCGGCCUCGGCGGGAGCGGGGCUGUGGGCCGCGCUGUACGACUACGAGGCGCGCGGCGAGGACGAGCUGAGCCUGCGGCGCGGCCAGCUGGUGGAGGUGCUGUCCCAGGACGCCGCCGUGUCGGGCGACGAGGGCUGGUGGGCCGGCCAGGUGCAGCGGCGCCUCGGCAUCUUCCCCGCCAACUACGUGGCGCCGUGCCGCCCGGCCGCCAGCCCCGGGCCGCCGCCGCCGCCGCCGCCGCGCCCCGGCUCGCCCGUGCACGUCGACUUCGAGCGGCUGGAGCUCAAGGAGCUCAUCGGCGCCGGCGGCUUCGGGCAGGUGUACCGCGCCACCUGGCAGGGCCGGGAGGUGGCGGUGAAGGCGGCGCGCCGGGACCCGGAGCAGGACGCGGCGACGGCGGCCGAGAGCGUGCGGCGGGAGGCGAGGCUCUUCGCCAUGCUGCGGCACCCCAACAUCAUCGAGCUGCGCGGCGUUUGCCUGCAGCAGCCGCACCUCUGCCUGGUGCUGGAGUUCGCCCGCGGCGGAGCGCUCAACCGCGCUCUGGCCGCAGCCAACGCCGCCCCGGACCCGCGCGCGCCGGGGCCGCGCCGUGCGCGCCGCAUCCCCCCGCACGUGCUGGUCAACUGGGCCGUGCAGAUCGCGCGGGGCAUGCUCUACCUGCACGAGGAGGCGGUCGUGUCCAUCCUGCACCGGGACCUCAAGUCCAGCAACAUUUUGCUGCUUGAGAAGAUAGAACAUGAUGACUUCUGCAAUAAAACGUUGAAGAUUACAGAUUUCGGGCUGGCAAGAGAAUGGCACAAGACUACCAAGAUGAGCGCAGCGGGCACCUAUGCUUGGAUGGCACCGGAAGUCAUCAAGUCUUCCUUGUUCUCCAAGGGAAGUGACAUCUGGAGCUAUGGAGUCCUGCUGUGGGAGCUGCUCACGGGAGAAGUCCCCUACCGUGGCAUCGAUGGGCUUGCCGUGGCUUAUGGGGUAGCAGUCAAUAAGCUCACUUUGCCCAUUCCAUCCACCUGCCCUGAGCCAUUUGCCAAGCUCAUGAAAGAGUGCUGGCAACAAGACCCUCACAUUCGUCCUUCAUUUGCCUUAAUUCUUGAACAACUGACAGCUAUUGAAGGGACGGUUAUGACCGAAAUGCCUCAAGAAUCUUUUCAUUCCAUGCAAGAUGACUGGAAGCUAGAAAUUCAACAAAUGUUUGAUGAACUGAGAACAAAGGAAAAGGAGCUGCGGUCCCGCGAGGAGGAACUGACCAGGGCUGCCCUCCAGCAGAAGUCCCAGGAGGCGCUGCUCCGGCGGCGGGAGCGGCAGCUCGCCGAGCGGGAGAUCGACGUGCUCGAGCGGGAGCUAAACAUUUUGAUAUUCCAGUUAAACCAGGAGAAGCCCAAUGUCAAGAAGAGGAAGGGAAAGUUCAGGAGAAGUCGGUUAAAGCUCAAAGAUGGCCAUCGAAUCAGUUUACCUUCAGAUUUCCAGCAUAAAAUCACCGUCCAGGCCUCUCCCAACCUGGACAAACGGAAGAGUUUGAACAGCAACGGCUCAAGUCCACCCAGUAGCCCCACAGUGAUUCCUCGGCUCCGAGCAAUACAGCUGACUUCAGACGAAAGCAAUAAAACCUGGGGACGGAACACGGUCUGCCGACAAGAAGAAUUUGAAGAUGUGAAAAAGAAUUUCAAGAAAAAAGGUUGUACCUGGGGACCCAAUUCAAUUCAAAUGAAAGAAAGAAAUGAUAGCAAAGAAAGAAUAAGACCUCUCUCAGACGGUAACAGUCCUUGGUCAACUCUCUUAAUAAAGAAUCCGAAAACCAUGCCAUUGGCUUCAUUAUUUGUGGACCAGCCAGGUGCUUCCGAAGAUCCAAGACUUUCCCCUGAUGGAUCAGAACACAGAAAACCAAAGCAAAUAAAAUCGCCUAGUCAAGCCUACGUUGAUCUACCUCUUUGGAAAGAUGGCCAGAGAGAGAAUCCAGUGGAACCUGGAAGCUGGGAGGAGGGACUGUCUUUGGGCCCUGCUGCCAGCAUGCCUCAGGUGACCCCUACAAAUAAUCGGAGCAGAUCCCCCCAGAGGAAGAAGACAGAGUCCGCUCUGUACGGCUGCACCAUGUUGCUGGCGUCAGUCGCUCUGGGGCUGGAUAUCAGAGAGCUCAAUAAAGCACAGGCUGCCGAAGAACUGUUGCCCAGAGAAGAAAAGAAGAAACGUGAGGGAAUCUUCCAGUGGGCUCCCAAGUCCCGAGGUGGGGCCAGUCCUUCCACAAGGCCACCAUCUACGGGCGAGAAGGCCAGCAGCCCACCCUUACUCCCUCCGCCAAGUGCCAUGAGCCUUCUGUCCAUGCCCUCUCUUUCCACAAAGUGCUUGCUACAGACGGACAGUGAAGAGUUGUCCGAGGGCAGCUCACCCAUCGCUUUGGACCCCGAGAUGCCCACUCCAGAUUUUUGUGUUGCCAUCAGAGAAUGUAGUCAUGAGCCAACCUCCAUGCCGAGACUUGAGACUGAUCGUAGUCGAUGGAAAAACCUGUCUCCUCCUUUCCUAGAGCAAACGUGGGGGAAUGUGCCUUAUUAUGCUUCUUCGAAAGAACAAGCAUCAUAUCACAGACGAACCCUGUCUGAUGGAAAUGCUUUUCAGACCCCAACUGGUGCAACCCUCAGCUCAGCCCCCGGAGCCUCGGACCUGCCCCCGGAGUGGGCUCUGGGGAUGCCCCGGUGCUCCGCUGGUCCUCACGGUGACCAGCCAAGGGAGGCCCCGCCUGAAAAACAAAGAGCCGCCACCCCCGUGCCUCUGCCUCGCCUUGCGUCCUUCCGAAGCCGCACGGAGUCGCAGCCCGCCGCGCAGGCGCACUCUGCCGGGCGGGGUCCCGGCCCCACCCGCGCUGGUCCCCCCGGUGUCAGGGACAGAACUACACCCCACGUGCCUUCCCUCCUGGACGCUGAUGCCGAAGGCCAGAGCAGGGACCGCACGGUGCCUUUGUGCAGGAUGAAGAGCAGAGGUAGCCGACCAUCAGUGCAUCACCUGGAGAAGGAGUUUCUGUCUUAAGUGCCUUAUGUUGUUCGAGC